AUGGCCACCACUGGCCUACCCACCACGAUCCGUCCAGAUGCUUUCCCCGAUUUCUUCAAUAUGGGAUGCUGGAGCGGGACUCGGCAUGAUCUUGCUAGGCGCGAGUUCCUGACACACUGCCCCCCCCCUUCCCCCCGCGACAUCGCCUAUGAUAUGCAACCAAAAUCUGAAGCCUACUCAUUUAAGACUACUUACUCGGGCUCGGUCACUAGACAACUGGAGAAUAGGGACGCACUAGAGUAG